UAACAUCUAUAACAUUUAUAACUAUAACAUCUAUAACAUUUAUAACAUCUAUAACAUAUAUCACUAUAACAUCUGUAACAUUUAUAAAAUCUAUAACAUUCAACACAUACAGAUUUUAACAUCGGAUUAACAUUAAAUUCACUGCAACACCAGAGAGGAGAUUCAUUAUUCACACCGGAGGUGGGUUUGUGUUUGAGCUCUCCUGGACGAUGGCGACCGGUGUUGAUGACACCAGCGUGUUGGAGUCGGAGCUGACGUGCCCGGUGUGCCUGGACGUUUACCGUGAGCCUCACCUGCUGCCCUGCGGCCAUAACUUCUGCCUGUCGUGUCUGAAUGAUCUGAAGAGUCGGGAGAAACGGGGGCAUCUGCGCUGUCCGGAGUGCCGUGAGAACCACCUCACCUCCACCCGCUGGCAGAAGAACUUCAAACUCUCCAACAUCGCGGAUGAAUUCCGGCGUCGUGGUCAGGCCCAGCGUCCUGGCCCUGAACGCCCGGGUUCCUCGAGCAGGAGCACAGGGGUGCGCUGUGAUUACUGCCCACCGGACCCCCCCGGAGACUCCACCAAGAGUGGCACGGCGGUAAAGACGUGUCUGAAGUGUGAGGUGUCCAUGUGUUCUGAGCACGUGAAGCCCCACCUGGACCUCCCGGCCCUCCGCGAGCACCCGCUGGUGGAACCACUGAGCAGCAUGAAGAGGAGAAAGUGUACCGAGCACGACGAGAUGUUCCGCUACUACUGCAGGGACGAACACAGCUUCCUCUGCAACGCCUGCACCAUCGAGGGGGGGCACAGCGGCCACUCCAUCAAAACACUCAAGAAUGCCAUGAAAGAGCUGAAGGCGUCUCUGGACUCCGAGCUGCAGAAGGUGAACAGAAAGAUGAGAAGAGUUGAGAAGAACCUGCAGGACCAGAAGGAGGAAGAACGUCUGAGCAAGGCGUUCCUGGAGGGAGCAGAACAGCAGGUGAAUGAUCUCAGAGGUUCCCUCAGAACCAGUCUGGAUCUGUUCCUGACCGAUCUGAGUGCUUCUCUGCACACACAUGAGGAACAGCACAGCGGGGGUAUCCAGCAGUACCUCACCACCUUCCAGGAGGAUCAGAACCAGCUCUCUGAGGUGCACACUGGGAUAGAACAGCUGCAGCAGGAGAACGACCCCAUAACCUUCAUCAGGGAAUAUAAUUCUUCUGUUAGAAGGUGCCGUCAGGUCCUCAGGAGACCCCUGUGUGUUCCAGACCCUGUGGCGAGGGACGUGGACGGUCUGGGUGAGAGUCUGGAGUCAAAACUGGAGGAGUUCGUUUCUGAUCUGCGCCAGAACGUCAGCGCGUUCAUCGACUCUCUCGGUGCAGGAGAUGGAGGAGACGAGGGCACGGAGGAGGACGAAGACGGUAACGAUGGCAUGGAGAACGAAGACGAGGGCACGGAGGAGGAUGAAGAGGGUACAGAGGAGGACGAGGAGGAUGAAGAGGGUAAUGAUGACAUGGAGAACGAAGACGAGGGCACAGAGGAGGACGAGGAGGAUGAAGAGGGUAAUGAUGACAUGGAGAAUGAAGACGAGGGCACGGAGUUGGAGGUUGAGGAAGAGGAGGAGGAACAGAGUGAGGAAGAACCAGAUCACAGUGGAUCCUUCUAUGACUGUUAUGUACUGGAUGAUGACGAUGACGAUGAUUUGUGGGCAUGAUUAGCACUUGUUUGUAUUUUAUUACAUAUAAAGCACAGUUUCUGUUCUUUUAUCUUUAUUUUAUUUUAAUACUUAUUAAAAUGUCAGAUUUAUAUUAGUGAUGGAUUUUCUGCCUGUAGUUCUCAGUUCAGCCACUGGUGGGCGCUAAUGUUCUCUGUAUAUUUCUGACUGUAGAGCAGAUGAAUGUUUUUGGUGCGAGUGUCUGAGAGCCACUUAGUAAAUAAAUAAAUAAAAUAAAUAAAAUCUUCA